AAGGCGGAGAUGAUGAUAAUAGACUGAGAAGUCGUUUCCUUGAUAAUAGAUGGAAUACAAGAGCUGAGUCUCGGAUAACUAUAAUGGGAGCUGUUUGGAAGUUGAAGUUCAGGAGAAAAUACUGGGGUAUUAAUAUUAGUAAGGCGUGGAAUAUAGUGAUCACGGUAGCAGGUAGAGGAAGAGGACUCUAGCAAUUAUAAGCAAGUUCGGAUAAGAGGUUAUAUACAAUCUAUUUCUAGUAAACUCUAUGACUUGUCUUUUUUACCGCGCACACACGUGUUUGUGUGUGUUUAUGUAUGUAUAAGCAAACACUAAAUUUGAACGUAGCAACAUUUUUAUCCCUACUCCACUCUUUCUACAUCGACUAAAUCAGGCGAGGUGCUUUAUCAGUGACAGUGAAGGGGUUUUCUUUCAUUUCUACGCCUCUAAAGUGGAACAAACAGAGUUAAAAAAAAAAAUUUAUAACUUCAUUCGAGAUGGAAGGAGAAGUGAAAAGAGAAGCAGCCAGUUAGAGUGGUGUCUGUUCUGUCUGGCUUACUCUUUCCUUUCUUCUCCAGCACCGUCAAAACGGCACUGGACAUUGAAAACUUUUAGAAACUGACUCAUCGCUGCAGUCGGUGGGGCGACAAGGUAGAGAGGAAUAUUACUGCUGCCUCAACUUAUUCUCUGUGUCUGGCAAAAUAAUACUUACAAAAGUUGACGGAGAACAAGUGCUAUAUAAAUGAAUAGUGGGAAAGAAAUAAACAUAUAUUUCUAAAUUUAAUAAACCCAGGAAGAAAUAAUAAGCAAAGAAAUUUGGCAAAAUGUAUCUGUUCGCAAUUUAAAAGCCUGCCUAUUUUUGAAGCUGAAAAUUUUUAAUAAUUGUAUCACAUUAAAAUAAACACAAUGUUUGAAUUAAAGCAGAUAAUUUAAUAAAUACUUUGUUAUUGAUUUUAAAGUAUUAAAUUUUCAAAACAUCUUUCAAGGCUAGAUUAAUUAUAAUGUACAUAAAGAAAGCAAUUUAUUAAUCACUGAACAAAGAAACAACUGUUCACGUUCCACAUUUUUCAUGAACCUAUGGAUACUGUUUACACGGAGCUUACUGAGCUGGUCGCCGCCUGAAAGAUGACAACGAAUCAUGUGAUAAUACAAAAAUGUUCAACUGUUUUGAUACAAAGAAAUAUGUGAUAUAUUUUUCUUACCAGUAAUCUACAAGCAAAAUGAAUUCAAUUUCUUCAAAAACUACUGUAAAACAACAUAUUGGGCCAAAUAAAAUAGACCAGCUGGAAGUCACUGAAGCUGGGUCAGCAUACAAGGUUCAUUCAGAGAAACCUCAUCUGGUUAGUCUUGGCAGUGGACGGCUUUCUACUGCAGUAACAUUACUAUCUCUAAAUGAAGGUAUCACCAAGAUUGGAACCAGCGAUGCUACCGCUCUUCAAGAUAUUAUCAUACAGGGGACUGGAGUUGAAAGUGAACAUUGCUUCAUUGAAAACAAAAACAAUAUCAUCACAUUCUACCCUAUUGCAAAAAUGUGUGCCCUGGAUGGUGUCAUUAUUACCAAGCCAACAAGGCUGGCUCAAGGGAGCAUGUUAUGUCUUGGACGUUCCAAUUACUUUCGCUUCAAUCACCCUCAAGAAGCUAAAAUGAUUAAAAGUGCUAUGCCUGACUGCCGUAUAUCUAUGGUUCCUUUAAACUUUCUUCAUGAACUCGAACAAAGCCCCGAGUAUAUGAAAAUGAUUACUGAAGCUCAGGUGAAAUUACCCUCUCCAACAACACCAACAACUAAAUGUAGCACAGAAAACCGUCCAACUGCACGCAGUCGUCCUCAGCUCCCAAAGAUUGUCAACAAAGACAGCUAUCGUGACAGUUUAGAACAGGAGGAUUUCUUAAACAAAGUCUCUAAAUUUGAACUAAUUUCCAAAGGAAAGCCGAAGUCUUCAAAUAGCAACGCUAAAGCUGAUUCUCCUAGAACUCCUGAAAUUCGUGUUGGUAAUCAGCUCCAUAUAGGAGAGAAAUUAUUUCUCCGUGAUACACAAACAACAAGAGUAGCAGCUAGUCUUGUUCACAACACAACUGACCGAGUGUCUAGCACUUGUAGUUCAAAUAGUUCAUCAUCUCUGACAAGUGUUAGCAGCAUUUCUUCUGAUACCUCAUCCUCCACUCGGGACCCAUCUUCAAAUUCAGUUUCAACACCAUCUCCUUCCAUCUCCUUUAUUAGCCCAUCAUAUAGUAAACCUACAGACAAUAAUAGCAUCACCGUCAGUGCCACAACAUCAGUUCUGAGAAAUGGGACUCAGCCUGUACCAAACAAUUCUUCAAUGAUGAAUGGAAACACGACAGCAGAAGAAGAAAAACGUAACACAUUCGAAGGAAUGGAUUUUGAUUUCAAUGAACUGACGUCUAGUCAACAGGAUUUGACCAUUCGUCAUAGAGAAAUUGUGGAACAGCGCAAAAGGGAACAAGCACAAGAGGUUCUUGAGAGGCAACGGUUGGAGGAAAUUCUAAGCAUGUGUGCUGAGUAUGAACAGGAACUUGAACGGGAGAAACAAAACUCUGGAGAUAUCAACCAAAAUCCAUUUCCAUUCCAAGUAAACAAGUUUUCUUCAAACAAUAAUGCAACUUCACAGUUUUCAAACAGCAAUCCAUUAUUUUCUACUCACAGCACCUCACAACCUCCACAGCCAACCACAAGAAAUAUCAAGCCACCUUCACUUUUAGAAAUAAAUUUGGAUUUAUUAACUGCUAAUGACAAAAAAGAUAAAACUGACUUCCGAAGUUCCAUGAAUAAAAUAAAAACCAAUGGAUCAUUAACGCGGCUCUCAUCACCUGGAAAUACACCAAAAGAUGGCAUAUUUGGAUUACAAAACAGAAGAGCUGGAUCAAGUUCAUCCAAUUCCGAAGAAGAGCUUUAUGCCAGCUCAGAGGAUACUGGUACUAUAAAACGGCGCCCUGUCAUUGAUUCAGCUUCCAAAUCUGUUGAAGAGAAAGACACCACAGAUGGGGAAGUUGUUCAUGAAGUAGCAAUUGGCCUACUAACAUCAAGUAUCAACAAUUGUCAGGUAACUUCCUCCGACAAACAAACUGAUCAGGUAAAGCACUGUGAGUCGCAUAUGGGACAACAUUCUAAAGAAUUAUCUGGAAGGGAGAUGUCAAGGAGUACAAAUGGAUAUUCUUGGCACAAUGAUGAAUCUAGUUCUUCAACAUCAUCAACAGGUACUAUCAAAGAACUGUCCCCAUGUCGUUCUGUGACAGAUAGUAAAUCUAUGGGUAGUGGAGGUCGAACUCCAGUUAACAGUGACAGUGAGCAUAGUCUAAGUCCCACCAAAUCAGUCGACAGACCUCCAUCUUCCAGUGGCGUAGAAACAUCAAGUGAGAACAGUUUAGUUAACAUAGAGGAAUCUGAAUUGUGGCGUCAACUGGGCAGAUUGAAGAAAUCAAAGGGAGAAUUACUGUUGAAAAUUGCAGGCUUGAAGAAAGAAAUUGUAGAAAUUGAAAACCAGGAGAAUGAAGCUAUCAGAGAAUUGGAAUUGGAACAGGCCUUAUUAGAAGGGGAACACCAGACUGAAAUGAAUGAGUUACAGGUUGAGCAGGAACUCAUCAACCAACUCAAGAAAAAACAUGAUGAAAUUGUAGAAAAAGCAGCACUGGAACGGGAAAGAGAUCUUGAACUGAUAGAAGUAGAAAAAAAGAAAUUACGAGAAUUAGAGAAAAAGCAUUAUGAAACAGAACAGUUAUUAGAGGCAUGUAUUGUAGAAGAUGAAGACAAUCUUUUGGAACGUUAUCAGAAAGAGCAUGAAGUUCUUGAUAAUCAGCGAAUAUAUUUUGACAAUUUAGAAUUUGAAAAAUUAGAGUCGGAGUCAAAAUUUGAACAAGAAAAGGAGCUUGUUCGAGGAGAAAUUCUAAAAAACCAAAAUACUUUACUUGAUAAAUAUAAAUCACGAGAGCACCGUCUUCACCAGAUUGAUUGCCAACAACGAGAAAUGAUACAAGAAGUGAAAGUGAAUGUUGAAUCUCUUGAGAAAAGCAGACAGUCAUUGGUAGAAGAAUUCAGAAAGGAAAAAGCAAGACUGAUAAGUGUGGAACGCAAAAUACAGGAACUAUCGCAGUUCUGCUCUGUAGCAGUCAGUGAUGAGGGUUACGACCAAAGUGGAAGGUCAUCUGAUGCAGAAAGUGAGGAUAAAGUUGAUCUGGUCUCAGCACGUCGAACAAUGCCUGAGUCGAGUGAAGGUGGUGCAGGUGGAGUUAACCCUUUGGCUCCCUCUCACCUAACUAACUCCAUUCCCAGAUGGAACAAUAAGAAACCAAUUUCUCCAACAAUAGAUUCUAACAAGAGCUGGCCAGGACUAUCCUUAGAGAAACCAUCUCACAAUAUUGUGGUGGAGCAGGAACGACAACGGAUUGAAGAACUGAAGCGGCGAGCAGCAGACGAGGGCCGUGCUCAGUGGGAAGAACGCAAGCUAAGAGAAGCUAACUGCAAAAGUUUCAACUCUUUAGAGUCAGAAGAUUCCAGUAUAGCUAGCAGCUGUGAAACACCUUCAGAGAAAGAGACCAGUCUGAGCAGUGAUAAUGACCACAUGGAGAAACUAUCUGAACUGGAAAGAUUGCUGGCACAGGCACAGAAUGAAAAGAUGCAUUUAAUUGAUGAACAGGUGAAACAGAGAGAGAGUGAAAUGGUAGCAUUGCAGGAAGAACGCUUGAAAAGAGAAGAAUUGGAGAGGAAACUUCAAGAAGAAGCCUUAUUAAGGGAACAAUUAGUCCAACAACAAGUACAAUUACGUGAGAAACAAAUCCAACAGGCUCGACCAUUAACCCGGUACUUACCUAUCCGGAAUAAAGAUUUUGAUUUACGUCAACAUAUUGAAGCAGCCGGUCAUAACUUAGAUUCUUGUCCCUUGGUUAUUGUCACAAUGACCAGCUGCCGAGGCUAUUUACAAAAAAUGGGCAGCAAGUUUAAAACGUGGCACAAACGCUGGUUCUUCUUUGACCGAAUGAAACGGUCACUUCUUUACUACAGUGACAAAAAUGAAACUAAAGCUCGAGGAGGCAUUUAUUUCCAAGCCAUAGAAGAGGUUUAUGUUGACCACUUAAGGACAGUGAAAAGCCCCAAUCCAAAGCUGACAUUUUGUGUGAAGACUUAUGAUCGGACAUACUACCUUGUUGGCCCUAGUGCUGAAGCCAUGAGGAUAUGGAUUGAUGUUAUAUUCACAGGAGCCGAAGGUUAUCACACAUUCUAAUGGACUCAGUGUCUACACUCCACUUUUAUCCUAACAAAUAAACAUGCUAACACACAUACACACAUGUCAUAUAUAUAUAUAUAUGUAUGUGUGUGUAUACAUGUAUGUGUGUAUGUAUAUAUAUAUAUAUAUAUAUAUGUACAUAUAUGUGUGCAUGUAUGUAUAUGGUAAGUCAAGAGGCAGGAGAAAUUAAUUAGAAGUGUAGAAUAUUCCCAUGUGUCUGAGAUUUGAUGAGACAAAUUUCUGUAAUAUCCAGCUCUUUCAUAAACCAAUAUCCCCUCCACUUCUUUCUUCAUCAAUCUACAUGUUUGUGGUAAUAACCUGCUGGGUGUAUAUAUAUAUAUAUAUAUAUAUACACACACACACACACACAUAUAUAUGUGUGUGUUUGUAUAUAUGGUCAUCUACAUUUUGUAAUGUAACUAGUUCUUGCAAUCAAUCAACUAUUACUCAUACUAUUGAGAUAACUCAUAUUAAGCAGUGAAAUUAGUCUUUACACCUCCACAAACACCACGACAACCACUUACAACAACAACAUCACUGUAUAACUUAAAAUUGUAUUGUGUGCAUGAAUGAGUGUGCAUGUGUGCUGUUGAUUGUGUAACUUUCAUUAGAAUUGGGAUUUUAAAAUAAUAACUUUUAUUAUUUUGUAAUUAGUUUACAUAUGUAAUUGACUUUUUAAAAAUAUUCGAAUUUUCUUCUUAAUUUAUUCGGAGUUUAUAUUAGAGAAGUGAACUAAAACACACUCAGAGAAUAUAUAAUAUUUAUAGACAAGUAUAUACCACUGAUAAAAAUGUCUAGUAUAUUCUCUUGUCUAUUUUAUUUCUUCUUUCUAAAACAAUAACAAAAGAAACAAUAUAAAACAUAUAUCCCAAUAAACUAUAGAGUUGUGGAGUUCAGUGUAGAUGCUAUGAUUUCCUACUGGUAAAUUUUAAGUGAACUUAUAUUGUUGGUUUUUAUGACAAAACAUUGUUUUGUUGUUUAGAUUUGUUACAAUCUUCAUACAAUAUUGAAAUGAUAUUGGAAGAUGGUCUUUUCUUCCAGUUGUAUGUUGGUUCAGUUUUUUUUUUUUUUUUUUUUUUUCUAACUAUGAUAUUUUCCAUUGUAAAUUGUUAAUGAUGGCCAUGGUACAUCCAUCUUUCUCUUUCUUCCAACAUGAAAUAUCAAUAUCAAAUAUCAGUUUUAGCCUGACACAAUAAAAAAAUGACAUUUUGAUGGGGAAAAUAUUGUAAAUAUGUGUUUUUGUUAACCACAAACAAGUUAGUUUGUAUGUAUGUUUGCGUGUGUAUGUAUAUGUGUGUAAUAUAUAUGUAUAUAUAUAUAUUAUAUGUGUGUAUAUGUAUGUAUCUAUGUAAUGUGUAUAAAUAUUUGAAAAUAUUAAAAUGGGACAGCAAAAUAGUAUUGAGAGAGGAAUUCUGUGAUUGUGAUUCCCAAUUAUGAAAACUGCUGUAUUCUUUCAGUAAUUAAUGCUGCUCAUUUGAUAUUAUUACAAAGACAUUCUUUCUUGCUAUUCACAGGUUGUGCUAUACACUUUUCACUAUUAUUGCCUUCCAUGCACACACACACACACGUGUUGUGUGUGUGUGUGUGUAUGUAGAUAUGUAUAUGUAUGUAUGAGGACACUUUCCCCUGCCAGCCCCCACACCAAUUGUAUCUCUACUACCACCAACUGUAGCCCUACAAUUACUACCACCACUAUAUCAGUACUCUAUAUUUUACCAAUGUCUUGUCAUUUUAUCAUUUGAGAAGAAAGACAGAAAAAAUAACAGGACACAAAAUAUAUAAAGAAAAAAAUAACUUUUUGAAAUUUCUUUGAUAAUUUUUCAUUAAACCACAAAAAAAAUAAAAAUACAUGAAGAUUAUUUCAAGAUUAUUCCAAGAUUAGAGAAAAGAAAAAGAAUUAUCCUUAAAACCAGAAAAAGGAAUGUGUGUGCGUGUGCGUAUUAUGUAUGUAUGUGUGUGUAUAUAUAUAUGGUGAAAGAAGAAAAUGACAACUGAAUACUGAAACCUACAUCUGUACUUAUAUACACAAAGUCUAUAUGUACAUACAUGUAUAUAUGUAUGUAUAUCAGCAUGUAUAUAUGCUAUCUUGAUAAAUUCAAUUUCACACAUAAACAUCAAAGUAUAUUAAGAGUUCAGUACAAAACUGAAUGCAUGUCUAAGUUUGUAUGUGUGUGGUGUUUGUACAAAAUAUAGGCUCUGGAGAAACAUGAUUUCAAUUGUAUAAGAAUUGUUUGACUUCAUCUAUUGGUAAACCAAUUUCACUGUGUCUGCAACUUCAAAUGAGAUGUUCUCCACAGACAGCUGCAGUUUAUUUUGAUGUUCUUCCUAAUAGUGUAAAUGUGUUGGAUUUUUGCCAAACAAAUGAUUCGAGGGCCACAAUUCUUUUCAACAAGCUGUUUUCUUUUACCAAUAAUCACACCGCCGACAAUAAUCUACACUUGCAUCAUCUUUCCACACUACCUUUGUUCUACCUUUGUUUUACCAUCAAUAUGCAGAUUUUCAUAACAGCAUUACCUGCAAAUGACCCAAUUGUUGCAUAUACAUUCACUUUGUAAAUCCUCUCUCAGUUUGGAUAUAUAUAUAUAUGAAUUAUAAACAGUAAAAUAAAUCAUAUUUAUCUUUGUGUA